GAGCCGCGCAGCGCAGCCCCGCGACGCUGCUUUGCCCCGAGCCGCAGCCGCAGCAGCCGCCGCCUCCCCCGGGCGGGCCGUACAAUCCUCGGCAGUGUCCUGAGACUGUACGCCCGCCUCGGGGGCGACACGGACCCAGCGGGACCCUCGGCCACCCCCACCCGCUGCCGCCGCGCCCCGCGGGCAGGUGCUGAGCCGCCGCGAUGACAGCUGACAAGGAGAAGAAAAGGAGCAGUUCCGAACGGAGGAAGGAGAAAUCAAGAGAUGCAGCAAGGUGCAGAAGAAGCAAAGAGACUGAAGUUUUCUAUGAACUGGCACAUGAGCUGCCCCUGCCCCACAAUAUUAGUUCCCACCUGGACAAGGCAUCCAUAAUGCGCCUGGCAAUCAGUUUCCUACGCACUCACAAGCUUCUGUCUUCAGUAUGUGCUGACAACGAGAAUGAACUAGAGGCAGACCAGCAGAUGGACAACUUGUACCUGAAAGCUUUGGAGGGAUUUAUUGCUGUGGUGACACAGGAUGGAGACAUGAUCUUUUUGUCAGAGAACGUCAACAAGUACAUGGGUCUUACCCAGGUGGAAUUAACUGGACAUAGCAUUUUUGACUUCACUCAUCCAUGUGACCAUGAAGAAAUUCGAGAGAAUCUGAGUCUGAAAAAUGUUUUAGGUCUGAGCUCUUCAAGCUGCUCUUCCAUGGUCCAUGCAUCUUUGAUGGUCUCUGCAGGUCCAGGCUUUGGAAAGAAAAGCAAAGAGAUGUCAACUGAGCGUGACUUCUUCAUGAGAAUGAAAUGCACCGUUACCAACAGAGGCAGAACUGUUAACCUCAAGUCUGCCACGUGGAAGGUUUUGCACUGCACUGGGCAAGUUAAAGUGUAUAACACUUGUCCUCCUCACAGUCUGUGUGGGUAUAAAGAGCCUCUUCUCACCUGCCUUAUAAUAAUGUGUGAGCCUAUUCAGCAUCCUUCAAACAUUGAUAUUCCCCUGGACAGCAAGACCUUCCUGAGUCGCCAUAGCAUGGACAUGAAAUUCACCUACUGUGAUGACAGAAUAACAGAAUUGAUUGGAUACCAUCCAGAGGAACUGCUGGGCCGUUCGGCAUAUGAAUUCUACCAUGCCUUGGACUCGGAGAGCAUGACCAAGAGUCACCAGAACUUAUGUACAAAAGGUCAAGUAGUGACAGGCCAGUACCGUAUGCUUGCCAAGCAUGGUGGAUAUGUGUGGCUGGAAACACAAGGGACAGUGAUUUACAGUACUCGCAACCUACAGCCCCAGUGUAUUGUCUGUGUCAACUACGUGCUCAGUGAAAUUGAGAAGAACGAUAUUGUGUUCUCCAUGGACCAAACAGAAUCACUCUUCAAGCCUCACCUGCUGACAAUGAGCACCAGCUAUGAGAGCAGCAUCCCUGGGACAGAGAAGAGUGACUUCUUGUUUACUAAGUUAAAGGAGGAACCUGAGGAACUUGCUCAGCUGGCACCAACACCCGGCGAUGCCAUUAUUUCCCUGGAUUUUGGGACACAGAAGUUUGAGGAAGCCCCUGCCUUUACCAGUACUAUUGUGACACCAAAUAAAGCAUGGCCAGCAGAAGUGAAAAGCAACACUGCUCAAGGUGAAACACUGAUAAUACCGUCCUUUACAAUGCCUCAGAUUGCACCUGGCAGCAGUACUCCAAGUGCAAGCAGCAACAGUAGCUGUUCCACGCCAAGCAGCCCAGGAGAUUAUUACAGUUCUGUGGAUGAAGAUUUUAAGAUUGAGGUGAUUGAAAAACUUUUUGCCAUGGACACAGAAUCAAAAAGUCAGUGCACCUCCCAGACUGACUUCAAUGAACUGGACCUUGAAACUUUGGCUCCUUACAUUCCUAUGGAUGGAGAAGAUUUCCAGCUCAGCCCAAUCUGCCAAGAAGAACGGCCUCUCUCUGAAAGUACACAAAAUACCCAGCAGAGUCCAAGUAGCAUGAGUACCAUCUUCCAACCCCUUGCUUCGGCUUCACAGAAUCAGUUCCUCCUAGAGAAAUAUUGCCCACAGCUAUCAAGUAAGAACAUUAACCCUGGUCAUGGGUCCCUGUCAUCGGUGUUCUUCAACAAUGGGAGUAGGUCAUUACUGCCACCAUACCAUGACCAAGCCAGUACUCCCCUGUCUUCGAUGGGAGGAAGACCAAACACCCAGUGGCCACCUGAUCCCCCAUUAGAAUAUAUUCCUGCUAAAUGGAGACUCAUGGAUAAACACUCAGGAUCUUUACCAAGUUCACCCUCAGGACCACCAAUACAUUCUCCGAGCAUGCCCAUGUAUAAAAAAAGGCCCUUGGAUGCUUUUGGGCAACGAGGCAUAGAUGUAAACCCAGCAAGAAUUGCCCUGUCUAACAGUUUGAAACUGAAGCGACAACUGGAUUAUGAAGAACAAGCAUUGCAACAGCUGAGUGGGGGAGGUCCAUCUGUCAUAAACCCAUCUCACCUAAUGUGGAAAAGAAUGAAAUUUCUCAAAGGGGAAAACUGUUCCUUGGUUACAGAAAAGAAGUCUCUCAGCACAAGUGUUCUUACUGAUGAAUUUGUCUGUAACUCAAGAGGUCUAAGCCAAACAAUGAAUCAACUGCAGCAGCAACAACCCACCUGUGGCAGUCCUGGUGAGAAUUUGAAAGCAGGAGCAUUUCCCCCUCCGUUUUACAGUUCCCAUUAUCCAGACUAUACUCUCCAGCCAGCUCAUAAAACGUCAGGUGUGACCAGUCGUCUGCUGGGGCCCUCCUUUGAACCCUACCUGUUGCCCGAGUUGACAAGAUAUGACUGUGAGGUGAACGUCCCUGUUUUGGGCAGCUCUACACUUUUGCAGGGCAGUGAACUGCUCAGAGCGCUGGACCAGGCAACCUGAGCGAUCCUGCAAUAUACCGUGGCCUAUACUGUUCAAAACAGCUUCAGUUUUUAAAUAUAUUUUUGCAAGUAGACAAUUUCUAAUACAAAUACACUUUUACAGGAUUUUACUUAGAUAUUGAACCUGUCCACGUUACCAAAUAGUGGCCUUUUGAAGUUACUCACUUUAUUAUUCAUAUUAAAGAAAUACAUCUACUGUAUUUUCUCUAUUGCAAUUAAAGUGUUGUUUAGAGAGUUUGAUUACCCUCCCCUUAUCUCAUUACCUGUAAUUUAUACUUGGAAUUUUUCUUCAAAUAUUCUGCUAAUAAAAGCUGUGGUAUAAAUGCCUCAUCAUGUGAUACUUUGGCUGCAGUAGUGCAAAGAUUUAUUU